CCCGUCAUUCACACGAAAUCAACGUCCGCGAAAUGGCCUGCAUCGCUUCCUCCACGAUGACCGCGCGCGUCUCCGCGCGCGCGUCCGCCGCGUCCGCGCGCCGCGCGACGCUCUCGUCCAAGGCGCCCGUCAAGGCGCGGUUCGCGUCGUCCGUCGCGACGAAAUCCUCCGCGCGCCGCGCGACGACGACGACCGCGUCCGCGGCGCCGCUCGUCGGCAACGCCGCGCCGGACUUCUCCGCGGAGGCGGUCUUCGACCAGGAGUUCAUGAACGUCAACCUGAGCGACUACCGCGGCAAGUACGUCGUCCUCUUCUUCUACCCGCUCGACUUCACCUUCGUGUGCCCCACGGAGAUCACCGCCUUCUCCGAUCGCUACGAAGAGUUCGCGAAGAUGAACACCGAGGUCCUCGGCGUGUCCGUGGACUCGCAGUUCUCGCACCUCGCGUGGAUCCAGACCGAGCGCAACGCCGGCGGCCUCGGCGACAUCGCGUACCCGCUCGUCUCCGACCUCAAGAAGGAGAUCUCGUCCGCGUACGACGUCCUCACCGAGGACGGCGUCGCGCUCAGAGGGCUCUUCAUCAUCGACAAGGAGGGCGUCGUGCAGCACUCCACCAUCAACAACCUCGCGUUCGGCCGCUCCGUGGACGAGACGCUGCGCACGCUGCAGGCGCUUCAGCACGUGCAGGAGAACCCUGAUGAGGUUUGCCCGGCGGGGUGGAAGCCCGGCGACGUCACGAUGAAGCCGGACCCGGAGGGAUCCAAGGAGUACUUCGCCGCCAUCUAAACGCGUCGCGACGAUCGUCGACGCGUUUUUAUUCGCCGCGACGACGAUCAGAUUCGCCGCGGCGUCGCGCCGCGAACUGCGAGGAGAGCGCGCGGGCGGGCGACGAACGCUACAUUCUUUUUUUACCGAAGGUAAAGUAAUACGAUAUCAUCACUCUUCGAUUC